CUCUCUCUCUCUCUCUCUCUCUCAAAUUCAAUGUUGCUUUAUUAGCAUGACUGGAUAAAAUGUUGCCAAAGCUAGGACAACGAGAGUAAUAUAAUGAGAACUUUAGGUAAAAGGAAAAGAUUAGGUGUGUGUCUCCUUUUUGUCUAGCUCGUGUUAUGUUUGUGUUUGUGUCAAUACUGAUGGGGUUUCUUUUGUCCAGAAUACCAGAUGCAAUCUUUGGCAAUAAAGAAAUACGUGUCGACAUUGUAUGUAGAUUGUGUUUUUUGGGGGUUUUAUUGGUGAUUCCAUAGCACUCAUAAUAUACAUCACUCAUAAACAGGUUUGAAAGAAAGGCCAGUUGCCAGAGAAACCCCCCAACAUACACCAGUGACAGAUAAAUCUGAUGAACAGGAUGUUAGGUCAGAUUUAAAGAUGGAAGCAGAAUAUGUUGGGGCCGAAACUGAAUUUGUCAACAUGGCAUCAUCAGAUCAAGAUUCAUUCAACAUUGAAGAUGUCACGGGUGCUGCUGGCUCCUCUCAUUUGAAGCAGGAAUUUAUGCCAUUUGAUUCUACGGAGAUCACUUUUGAUAGUUUCGCUCAAGAAGAGGACCUGGACUCCAUUGACACCACUGGAGAGCUGGUGGUGGAAUCCCCACUAGAGGACACAGAAGGAGCGAGUGAUGCAUCCGUGCUGUACAGUGAACCGUUUGGCAAUCAACAAACAGAGGAAGCAGAGGCACAGGCUUCAGAGUCUGCUCCUGAGGCCCUCCAGGAGCCUGCGGAGCCAGGGGCCACAGCACCGACACCAGAGCCUGCUGCAGCACAACCUGCUCCACAGUCAGAGCCUCCCCAACACACCACCCAGUCAAACACAGCCGAGGCAGAGGCUACCGGUAAAAAGAAGAAGCCCAAGAUGCUCAACAAAUUUGACAAAACUAUUAAAUCGGAGCUAGACGCAGCAGAAAAAAUGCGCAAAAAGGGUAAAUCAGAGGAAGCCUUAAGAGCUUUUGAAGGUCUUGUGCAGAAAUACCCCCAGAGCCCCAAGAGUCGGUAUGGUAGAGCCCAGACAGAGGAUGACCUGGCUGAGAAGAUGCGCAGUAAUGAGAUGCUGCUGAAGGCGGUGAACUCCUACAGAGAGGUUGCAGAGAUCCCAGAUGCCCCUGCGCCUCUCGUCAAAGCUGCACUCAAAAGAAGGGCAGAAAGACAGACCUUCCUGGGCCGAAUGCGCGGGGCCUUGGCCACCCUGCAGCUCCUGGUACAGACCUUCCCAGAAGACAUCACUUUAAAAAAUGACCUCGGAGUGGCCCAUUUGUUGCUAGGCGAUAACGAGGCUGCCAAGAAGGUUUACGAGGAGGUUUUGUCCAAGGCACCAGGGGAUGGAUUUGCAAAAGUGCAUUACGGCUUCAUCCUCAAAUCAGAGAACAAGAUAGAAGAGAGCAUCCCUUAUCUGAAGGAAGGCCUGGAGAGUGAAGCAGCAGGCACAGACGACGGGAGGUUCUACUUCCACCUGGGAGACGCACUGCAGAGAGUCGGGGACCAGAGUGCCUAUGACUGGUAUGAGCGAGGUCACAAGCGCGGUCACUUUGCCUCCGUGUGGCAGCGCUCCCUGUAUAAUGUCAAAGGACUGCGGGCCCAGCCCUGGUGGACGGCAAAGGAGACUGGAUACACCGACCUGGUGAAGACACUGGAGCGGAACUGGAUGACCAUCAGGGACGAGGCUUUGGCUGUGAUCAACGGCAGCGCCUUUACGGCUGAGGAUGAGAACCUGAGAGAGACGGGGGACUGGGAACAGUUUACUCUGUGGCAGCAAGGACGUAAGGCUGCCUCCUCCUGCAGUAGUGUUCCAAAGACCUGUGCCCUGAUGGAACGCUACCCAGAAGCGACAGGCUGCAAAAGAGGCCAGAUCAAGUUCUCGGUGAUGCAGCCCGGCACCCACGUCUGGCCUCACACCGGGCCCACCAACUGCCGGCUGCGGAUGCACCUGGGGCUCGUCAUCCCCCCCGACGGCUGCAGGAUCCGCUGCACCGACCAGACCAGGAGCUGGCAGGAGGGCAAGGUCAUCAUCUUUGACGAUUCUUUUGAACACGAAGUGUGGCAGGAGGCGGACCGCUCCAGACUCAUCUUCAUCGUGGACGUGUGGCACCCCGACCUCAGCCAGUCCCAAAGACAGACGUUGUCCCCCAUAUAGAGGUCAAAAAAGGUCACACACACUAUAAGACUCUUGCUCCCCAUCGCAGGGCUCAACCAAUCACAAACCGUCUCGCUCAACCAUCAUCUUUUCAGACACGCCCGAGCGCAUGAAUAUACAUGUGGAGAGUCCAGAGGGGACCUGAAGCUAGAGAGGUCUCUGGUUCUGUGAGAGAAAUCUUCCCUUUACCCGAACGCCUGUGGUACUGAUAUGAAUGUAAAUACUAUAUCUAUCUAUAAGCUUAAUGAAGAACAAUGUAGUUGCACCUCCUGAGGGUUUCAGCUCCAAUUUCAGCUCCAAUUCAACACGAAACAUUCCCAUUUGAAUUCAACACGAAACAUUCCCAUUUGAAACAUUCCCAUUUGAAACAUUCCCAUUUGAAUUCAACACGAAACAUUCCCAUUUGAAACAUUCCCAUUUGAAACAUUCCCAUUUGAAUUCAACACGAA